AUGAUCUCUCCCAAUCACAACCCUUCAAGCUCUGAAAGCGUACCAUCUGGCAAAAUCACAGAGGCUCAAUCAGCGGCGUUUCUGGAGCAAGAAAAGAAUGAGCAAACCGGUCCUCCCAUAGCAAUCAAGAGCCAACCUACAAUCACCCAAAAACAGCUUGAGGGCUCUCUGGAAUGGAAACAAAGACGACAGGCACUAGAACAAGAAUUUGAGACAAUACGAGAACAGCUGGAGAUGUUUAAGAAAAAGAUAGGGAACGUCCCAUGGAUCAAGGUGUACCGACACACUGAUUUGAGGACAGCGAUUCGAUACAUUAAAGAAGAGAGAACGUUGAUGAAAAACUUGCGGAAGCUGCAAGCAAUUCUUGAGCUCAUAGGACUUUGCAAACGAGAUCGCUUGUUCAAGCUUACUGACAAGAGAAUCGUUCUUGCGCCCCUUGAAAACGUUGGCCUAACGACACCGAAAACAUCCAUGAGAUCUGUAAGACAAUUAGCAUCAAAGGCCAUCUCGACGCGAAGGAAAUUAGUCAAGUCUUAUAAAGCCCAAGGAAAAAGUUCGACCAUCCCAGUUAGAAAUAUAAACGCACAACAAAAACCCUUGUCGAAGAAUUCUGGAACAGAUGUAUCUCUUAUGGGAAGUUAUCUUGAAGCAGGAAAACUGACCGGGAAUGCCCUCGAUGCAGUUAUGGAUAGGGUCACCUGGGGAUGGAUCGAAAGGCUCAACAAACUGGUACAUGACAUCAUGCCGAUUGAAACGGCGGUUGAGAUGAUUGAGAGCCAGACAAACAAUGGUCAUCUCGAAGGCUUUAAACCAUUCCUCCUACAACAAUUUGUGUUCAGAACAAUCAAGUUUAUUUACAAGAAUGGAAUGAUCCCUUCAAGCCAUCUCAAGGAUUUCUUGGCUUUCAAGGACACUGAAAGAUUAGCUUUAAUGAAUGUCUAUGAAAGUACCCAGACACUCCCUCCUAUAGUCAUUCAAUAUUUGGAGGCAGUCUUUGGCUUCGAUUAUCCAAUCUUUUUUCUUGAAUCAGUGAUUGAAAGCAACCAUGAAUUUUACAGGUAUCUUAGGCAACUUCCAUGAUUCUUAAUUAUUUUCCCCACAGUAAUAAUGUGUACAGUCAACUCCCCCUUGAGCCCACGACCUAGUAUCCCAUAACCCCCCUUAAACCAUAAAUUUUCCUUUGAAAUUGGUC